AAUAGUCCCAUAGAUUUUCAAAGAAAAAGCUUUGAAUAUGAAAAGGAGAACGUGAAAGAUCAGAUGUUGUUGAAACCUGGAAAGAUUCGAUCGCCGUCACCAGCUGGUACAUCGAAAUCGUCCAAGAAUUUCAUGUCUCCGACGAUCUCUGCUUCGUUCAAGGUCGCAGAGUCUCCUAGAAGGAAAAUCCUCGCUGAGAGGAACGAGACUGCUCAUUCAUCUGACCACAAAAUUCAUGUUCGCAAGGUAACUUUUGCCGAUCCUUUAGAACAGAAAAGGCUUGAUGCUUCAAUUGAUGGAAAUGAAAACCCUUUCCCUAGUUUUGAGUCUGAUGAUAUGAGUAGUGAGAAUUUGUCUGAUUCUGAUGCUGCUUCUUGGAUUCCGAGUGAUGAUUUGUUGUUUGAAAAUAUGCCUGUGCCUGUGAACAGUCCUUUGAUUCCACAAAAUGAGAUUCACACUUUUGAAAAUGUUUCCGUAGAUCCUUUGAUUCCACAGAAUGAGAUUUACAUUGAAUCCUCAUUUGAAAAUGUUUCCAGAGAGCCUGAUUUUGUAAACCUUGACCCUACUUUUAAGCUUAGCCCAUCGGCAGCCACUCCUCCGGUUUCAUACACACAUACUGUAGUAGAUCCUCUUGAUGCAGAUCCAUCAAUCACUCCUUAUGAUCCUAAAACGAACUACCUCUCCCCCAGGCCACAAUUCCUUCAUUACAGACCAAAACCACAAAUAGAAUUAGAAGACAGAUUCAUCAUGUCUGCAAGCUUUUCAGAUUCAGAAAUUACCGAGGAUACGCAGUCUGAGGAAUCACUGAAGGAAUAUGAGGAUGUUUCUUCUGGUGAAACUUUGAAGCAAGAAGAGGAUCAAUUUUCAGAACCAAGUCCUGUUAGGACUCUGUUGCCAGAGGAAUCUGUUGAAGCAAAGGACUUGCCAAAGUCGCGUUUCUCCUUGUGGUCAAAAGUUGUUGCUCAAAGUAGUGUUCAAGAAACCACCCAAAACCAGAGCUGUGAUCAAAAAACCGAAAAUGCUUUUGGAAUCUUCAAUGUUUUUACUGCAGUAACACAAAAGCAAUUGGCAAGUGUUAGAAUCCAAAAAAAUUCCCAAAUCGGGAUAGAGACAAAACUCAAAGAGAAAGUUUGA